UUCCUCCUCCGCCCGCCCGCGGGGCCCCCCUUGUCUUCCCGCCCGCCCCUAUUGUUCCGCCCCCGGCCUCCCGCCCUUCCCCUUCCCGCCCGCUCCCCUUUUACCCCUCAGUCGCCUCGCGCCUGCAGUUUUUGGCUUUCCCCCACCAGUGACCAAAGACUUGACCACUCAAAAGUCCAUCUCCCCAGAACACUGCUCGACAUGGACACCGGUGUGAUUGAAGGUGGAUUAAAUGUCACUCUUACCAUCCGGCUACUUAUGCAUGGAAAGUUUUCUUCAUUGCAGGAAGUUGGCAGUAUCAUCGGAAAGAAAGGAGAAUCAGUUAAGAAGAUGCGCGAAGAGAGUGGUGCACGUAUCAACAUCUCAGAAGGGAAUUGUCCUGAGAGAAUUAUCACUUUGGCUGGACCCACUAAUGCCAUCUUUAAAGCCUUUGCCAUGAUCAUUGACAAACUGGAAGAGGACAUCAGCAGCUCUAUGACCAAUAGCACAGCUGCCAGUAGACCCCCAGUCACCCUGAGGCUGGUGGUCCCUGCUAGUCAGUGUGGCUCUCUCAUUGGGAAAGGUGGUUGCAAGAUCAAGGAAAUACGAGAGAGUACAGGGGCUCAGGUCCAGGUGGCCGGAGAUAUGCUCCCCAACUCAACUGAGCGGGCCAUCACUAUUGCUGGCAUUCCGCAAUCCAUCAUUGAGUGUGUCAAACAGAUCUGCGUGGUCAUGUUGGAGACUCUCUCCCAGUCCCCCCCGAAGGGCGUGACCAUCCCGUACCGGCCCAAGCCGUCCAGUUCUCCAGUCAUCUUUGCAGGUGGUCAGGACAGGUACAGCACAGGCAGCGACAGUGCGAGCUUUCCCCACACCACCCCGUCCAUGUGCCUCAACCCUGACCUGGAGGGACCACCUCUAGAGGCCUAUACCAUUCAAGGACAGUAUGCCAUUCCACAGCCAGAUUUGACCAAGCUGCACCAGUUGGCAAUGCAACAGUCUCAUUUCCCUAUGACGCACGGCAACACUGGAUUCAGUGGCAUUGAAUCCAGCUCUCCAGAGGUGAAAGGCUAUUGGGCAGGUUUGGAUGCAUCUGCUCAGACUACUUCUCAUGAACUCACCAUUCCAAAUGAUUUGAUUGGCUGCAUAAUCGGGCGUCAAGGCGCCAAAAUCAAUGAGAUCCGUCAGAUGUCUGGGGCGCAGAUCAAAAUUGCGAACCCAGUGGAAGGAUCUACUGAUAGGCAGGUUACCAUCACUGGAUCUGCUGCCAGCAUUAGCCUGGCUCAAUAUCUAAUCAAUGUCAGGCUUUCCUCGGAGACAGGUGGCAUGGGGAGCAGCUAGAACAAUGCAGAUCCAUCCAUAAUCCCUUUCUGCUGUUCACCACCACCCAUGACCCAUCUGUGUCGUUUCUGAACAGUCAGCGAUUCCAGGUUUUAAAUAGUUUGUAAAUUUUCGGUUUCUACACUUUAUCAUCCACUCGUGAUUUUUUAAUUAAAGCGUUUUAAUUCCUUUCUUUGUUCAGCUGUUAAUGCUGAGAUCCAUAUUUAGUUUUAUAAGCUUCUCCCUGUUUUUUUUUGGCUCAUGAAUUUUUUUUUCUGUUUGUCAUGGAUAUGUAAGAGUGGAAUAUUAAUACAUUUCAGUUUAGUUCUGUAAUGUCAGGAAUUUUUCAAAAAAAUUAAAAGAUGGACUGGAGCUUUUCCUUUGUGAAUAGAAA